AUGACGGGGCCUGACAGUUUGGAUCCAUCAAUAAGGGCACUUCAAGGCCCUGCCCAGCUCUCUUCCUCUGCUGUGACUGGCUUAGAUGACUGCUGUACAAAUCCAUGGUUUGCCACGGAUGCCUCCGACCGAAGAUUGGCAGGUGAAGUCAAGUCCAGACUAGAAGUUCCAGGCUAUUCCGGGUCAUUCGUGCGAAAUGGGUUGAAUGUUGGUGUCAGAGGUGGCGGAGGCUCAGGCCAGGGCUCCCCUCUUCGACAAACGUACAGUCACGAAAAUGAAAGCUUCACUGGGUACUUCUGCGACUUCAUCCUCACCUCUCUUGUCAGCAGGCUAGCAAGCUUUUGGAGGCUUUCAAGAAGGAGAAUUGGGAUUACGAACGCCUACAUACUAGCGGGGUUAUGUAUCAUCAACUCAGAUGUUGCGUUCGUUUCAGUAUUUGGUGGUAAACAACCAUCGGAUGCCGCCAUUAGUACUCGCUUUCACGGGAUCUUACUAGCAAUACUACUAGUUAGUAGUAACGGAUAG